AAAGGGUGAACCGUACAUCGUUUUAUCGUAUCAUAAAAAUAUUUUCUAUGAAUUCUCCGACAUUGAAUAUUAAAUCAAAAGGACCAUUUGAAUUAAAUCUUCCCAAAAAAACAACUGAAAAAUUUCAUUUAUCCGCUUUAAUAUUGACGGAUAUACCGCAAAUUUUUUCAUUGCUUAGACCAACAAAUAUAAAUUCAAUUGAUAUUCAUAAAAAUACUGCUUCAUUGCCAUAUCCUUAUACAUUAUCGGAUGCGGAACGGUUUGUUAAUAAAUGCAUAGUAGAAUAUACAAAAACAUUGCGAUGUAAUAUGUGGGCAAUUCGUAAUUCAAAUGAAGAAUUUAUCGGUUAUGUCGGAUUAUAUCAAACAAAUGAAAAAUAUGUUAUCGAAGAUGAUCAAGAUAAAAAAUUUUUUAAUGAUUCGUAUGGAAUUGGGUAUUAUAUUUCUUUAGAAUAUAGAGGUUUAGGUAUUGUUAGUUCUGCUGUAAAUCUUGUUUGUAAUGAGAUUGCCUUUAAAGAAUUACAUUUAAAUUAUGUCGUUGGUAUUACUUUUGUGGAUAAUGAACGAAGUCAUAAUGUACUAGAACGAAGUGGCUUUAAAUUAGUUAAAUUAUUAAAAAAUGCCUUUAAAAAAAGUGGUGAAAUGAGAGACGUCUAUUGGUUCAUUAAAGAAAGGGAAGUAGGUCAAAUUCAAUAAUUCGCACUUGUAAAAUACACUAGUUAGCCAUUAUUAACUCGC